AUGCAGUUCAAGACUCUCAUCGUCCUCACCCCCCUCAUCCUCAGCGUCGCAGCCGCGCCCGUUGCCGAGCCCAACAGCCAGCUCGACAUCCGCGCCACCCCCAAGAAGACGCCCACCAAGCCGGCGGCCGCCCCGGCCACCAAGCCCGCCACCAAGCCCGCCGACAAGCCCGCCGACAAGCCCGCCGACAAGCCCGCCACCACGCCUGCCGACAAACCCGCCACCAAGCCCGCCCCCGCCCCCGCUCCCGCUCCCGCUCCCGCCCCCGCCCCAGCAGCCGGCGGCGGCAUCGUGACGGGCGUGGUCACGGCCGUGGCCCAGGACCAGGCCACCCAGCUCGUCACGGCGGGGGCCAGCAAGACGUUCGGCCUCAUCAAGGGCCUGUCCAACUGGACGCAGGCGCGCGAGGAGUUCACAAAGGCCACCACCAAGGACAUGUGGGCGGCCAACCCGGACGCGGCCAAGUACGCCGCCGCCGUCUGCUGCAACGUCGGCUACAAGGUCGACAAGCCCGACGGCGUCGCCGGCAAGGCGAGCGUCGAGCUCAAGUCGGGGGCGCUCAAGGUCAACUACGACUGCUUUUACAUGACCGCCGGCAGCGUCUUCACCGCCCAGGGCGACGGUGGCUAUGUCAACGUUGCCAUGGAGCACAGCUCCAAGUGCACCUGGAAGAGCAAGACCCUCACCUGCUAAGCGGGCAUCUCAUCACAGCGGGAUUCGGGGGCUGGUGGCAGAGUCGGCGCCUGCUGUAAAGCACAGCAUCCUAGGCGUUUGGGGAAGGUCCGGCUCGGCACUGGAGUCGCUUGAAGGUUCAAGCUUGUUCGACGUGUUUACACUUUUUACUUGUACCCGUCCACAAGGUUUUAGAAUUGCAAAUACUCGUUCGGGAAACUUCAUCGCGGUCGUGUCCUCUCAUGUGACUAUCCCACGUUCAGCUGGGACUCGCUUGGUAGCAAAGGCUAGAAUUGGUGCUUCUGAGGGAAAGCAAAAUAGGAAAGGAAACGCGCCCAAAUAUCAACAGAUCAAAUACACAAAAACACCACCCACCCCACACAUCGCUGAUAUAUAACUUUAUUUACCUCUUUCGAGCUAUAUAGCCCAUGGGGAGCACUACGGAUCAGGUUAAAUAUAUGAAGGUAAAAACCGUGCCCCCAGCCGACAGCUGUUUAAUGUAAGGCUAGGUGAAAACUCCUUCCCUUCGAG